UCAUAAAUACAUGUAAAGCUCCUGUUGCAGUUUCAGUCUGUCUGUAUCUGAUGGACAUCAUGUUCAGACUAAACCUAACAGCUCUGCUCUGCAUUCAACUUCUAUCCCAAGUCAUCUAUGCAGAGAUUGCUCGAGAGGAUCACAGGAGUAAAGAGGUGUCCAGGGGAGACUCCGUCAUCCUCACUUGCAACAUUUCCACAACAAAUGCAAUGCAAAUCAACUGGAGCAAAGACAGUUUUCUUUUUGCAUAUUCAUUCGCAGAUAAUCAGACUUUUUCAAAUUUCACCUCUCACACACUGAUAGACAUAACCUUACCCUCAAAGCUGAAUAUAUAUAAUGUUCAGCAUGACGAUGCAGGACUCUAUAAAUGUAAUAUAAGUAACCCAAGAGGUCAAGGAAUUAUUGUGUGGAAUUUAACGGUGUCCUGGGAACCUGAAGGAGUCGAUCCAUCAUGGUUUUAUCUAUACACACUCUCAGCUGUAAUUGGAUUGCUUCUAUGUGUUUUCACUUCAGCUGUCUGCCUCUACAGGAAAAGCUGGACUAACUCCUCAAACCAGGAGAGCAACAUCCUGAGUCUUGUCCAGUUCUGUGUCCAGUUGGGAGGAGAGUCCCUGCAGGUGUCUCCUCCUCCACUCCACAGCUGUGCAGUCUACAGGGCGAAUCACAAGCAGAGGGAGUCUGUGCAGGAGCUUCAGAUUCAGUUUAAAGCUGAAUAAGAAACGGGACAACGUGAAAACGAAACACAAAGCACCUUAGGGUGGUGGCUAUACAAAGUUGCUCUGUGUGCCAGGCAGGGCAGCAUGCCUUGCUGUGGAUGUGAUGCCAUGUCAAAUAAAUAUUGAAUAUUUUAAAUACAAUGCC